UAUUACCCGGUACAGUACCUAAACCGUCACAUCUUUGGUUCGAUUCGGUUUAUAACCGACGACCUACUUAUUCUACUGCUCCAAAUCCUUAAGAAAAAAACAAAAUUAUGGAACCUUGAAAAAAAAAAACAAAAUUGUUUGCGACAUUUAUCCAAAACCGGAGGUAGGCGGGAACACUGUGAACCACAUCACCGUCGAAUGGGCCAAUCAACUUCCACAUUCCGGCGAUCUAAAAGUAACUUCACUUCUCCGUUACUACCCAAUGAAGCCGAAGAAGAUGAACCGUACGAUUACACUUCUAUCUUACCAGACGAGUGUUUACCGUUGAUUUUCCAAUCGCUAACUUGCGCCGACCGGAAACGUUGCUCACUAGUCUGCCGUCGGUGGUUAGAGAUUGAAGGACAGUGUCGUCAUCGUCUCUCUCUGAAAGCUCAAUCAGAUCUUAUCUCAGUGAUUCCUUCACUUUUUUCUCGGUUUGAUUCGGUUACUAAGUUGGUUCUUAGAAGUGAUCGUAGAUCUCUUGGUAUAUGCGAUGAAGGAUUCGUUAUGAUUUCGGUUAAGUGUCGGAAUCUGACCCGGUUAAAGCUCCGUGGUUGCCGUGAGAUUUCGGAUUUAGGGAUUGUUGAUUUCUCUAAGAAUUGUAAGGGUUUGAAGAAAGUGUCAUUUGGAUCUUGUGGGUUUGGGGUUAAAGGGAUGAAUGGUUUGUUGGAUAAUUGUUUAGGUUUAGAGGAAUUGUCGGUGAAACGUUUGCGUGGAAUUGUUGCGGGUAGUGAGCUUAUAGGCCCCGGAGCAGCUACGGGUUCGUUGAAGAUGGUUUGUUUAAAGGAGUUGCAUAAUGGUCAGUGUUUUGCUCCGUUGUUAAGCGGAGCGAAAGGUCUUAGGACUUUGAAGAUAUCUAGGUGUUCCGGGGACUGGGAUCGGGUUUUUCAGGCGGUUGGUAAUCAGGUUAAUGCCAUUGUUGAGAUACAUUUAGAGAAGAUUCAGAUGAGUGAUUUGGGUCUAAUUGCGUUAUCGAAAUGUUCGGGUGUUGAGAUUUUGCAUCUUGUUAAAACUCCUGAUUGUACGAAUAUUGGCCUUGCUUUGGUGGCUGAAGGGUGUAAACUUUUAAGAAAGCUUCACAUUGAUGGAUGGAAGACAAAUCGUAUCGGUGAUGACGGGCUUAUAGUAGUUGCUAAAUCUUGCUGGAAUUUGCAGGAGUUGGUUUUGAUUGGUGUGAACCCUACAAACUUAAGUUUGGAAGCACUUGCCUCGAAUUGUCUUAACUUGGAGCGAUUGGCAUUGUGUGGAAGUGAGACUGUAGGUGAUACCGAGCUAUGUUGUAUCGCUGAAAAAUGUUUGGCAUUGAAGAAGCUUUGCGUUAAGAACUGUCCCAUUACUGAUGAUGGGAUCCAAGCGUUAGGGGCCGGAUGCCCAAAUCUGGUAAAGGUGAAAAUUAAGAAGUGUAGAGGAGUGACCAAUGAAGGAGCUCAUCGUUUAAGGAAAAGAAGAGCGUUGCUUAUUGUCAAUCUGGAUACUCCCAAGACACCAAUUGCCGAGGCUAGUGCCAGUGAAGGUGGAGCACAAGAGGUUGCAGUUGACUCACCUCCAUCCAGACUGCAAAUACCAACCCUGGGCAUUGCAUCUGGUAGCAUCAGGUGGUCAAGACUUGGAUUUUCGAGCUGGAGAAACGUUGCUUUUGCACUGACAAGGUUGGGAAAUCGUAGUAGCUCCCAGCAGGAUUAAAGAUUAUUCAAAGGAUGUGGAAACAAUUAACUUCUACAUGUUUGAAACUGAGUAUGACCUUUCUUUUUAGUUUAUUCUGAAAGAUGUUUUUUAUUUGUGUAGCACCUGUAUGUUGUUGUCACAUUGAUUCAGCAAUUGUUUAGAAUGCUCAAGCUGUUUGUAAAAGCAAGUGUUUCACA